AUGCCUCCCGUCUCCUCUCCUUUAAGCUCCUCCCUUAAUUCCUCCAGGGUUUUGGUGCGGGGCGUCCUUGAAGGGCCGCGAUGGCGUUUGGCGGUGCUGCAGGCUGCCUGCGGCCCCUUCGCUUGCUGCGCCCGCUGGGGCGGACGGCGAUGGCUCCAAGCAGCAUCCGUGCCGCUUCUGACAUACCUAAAGACUUGCUGCCUGGGCCUUACCCCAAGACUCCAGAGGAAAGGGCAGCUGCUGCAAAAAAGUACAAUAUGAGGGUGGAGGACUAUGAACCAUAUCCAGAUGAUGGCAUGGGUUAUGGUGACUAUCCCAAGCUCCCUGACCGAUCCCAACAUGAGAGAGAUCCUUGGUAUGAAUGGGAUCAUCCUGAUUUGAGGCGUAACCAUGGCGAGACUAUGCACUGGGAUUUUGAUAUGUUCAUUCGGACGCGAGUUGACACCUCCCCCACAGUUGUGCCCUGGACCACAAUGCGCAAUUAUCUCUUGGGCCUUCUUGGUGUCACGGCUUUCUUGCUUGGUCUUGGUGAGAUUUUUCCGUCCUACCAGCCUGUGGGCCCAAAGCAAUAUCCCUACAAUGACCUGUAUCUGGAGCGAGGAGGGGAUCCCAACAAAGAGUCUGUGCCAGAAGCGCAACACUAUGAGAUCUAAGAGUGCUUGGAACUGGAGCUCCUCUUCUCUCCUCUCUGAUCAGGGUUAUCUACAAAACCAGUUAUAUUGUACAUCACUCUUCUAAAGACCCUGAUUUUGGGGGGUAUGGGAGCACAAACAGGAAAGGAUCUAUUUUGAAAUUUCUGGUUUGUAUGAGCAUGCUAUACAGUGGUCCAUGUGGAGUUAGUAUGCAUCUCUCUACAAUCUAAAUAAAUAGUUCAUUUAUGCAUA